AUGGUAACCACGUACGAGGAGGAGUACGGCAAGCUUCAGCUUCCUUCACGACGAAGAGAGGAGGAGGGCCUUCAAGAGGGCAUCUUAGUCAUCCGCAAUAAUGAUGUCGACGCGGUCAGCGAUUGCGAAAAGGGUCGCACUGUACACCCCGCGCGGGCAUUUGCGGGGAUUUAUUUACAACCCGUUGUGCGUUCGAUUCUCACCGCCGAACAAUUUAUGCGCUGGUCAAAGCGCGACCAUCGUGUGGAGGAAGCCAACUUGUGGGGUCUUGUACUGGAGCUUUUGCUGGAUUCUGAGCAGAGCAGUAAAUACAACCCGGACGCAAUUGGUAUCGCAGAUGUCCAACCUCAUCGGCGCUGGUUUGUGUCUCACUUGUCACAUAUACAGGACCUGCUGCAGCGCUGUGCGCUGUUGCGUCGCAUGAACAUUGUUGUACGCUGGCUGGAACAAACUUACAGAGAAGGGAAUACACCGCUGAAACUGUCAGCCUCACGUUCGCACGAGGAGGCUGUUUUAUUGCGUCAGCUCAUUCUAUCGCAGCUGCGUGGUGGUGAACUUUACAGAGCCAUUGAUUUGGCUGUCACGGCGGGCGACUGCAUGUACAGUUGUUUGCUGAGUGGAGCCCAACUGCAGACGGUCCAGGAAGCAUGGUUUCAUUUAACCCCACUGGUCCCACUCUUUGGGGAGUAUGGCAACGGAGAGGUGGAUCAGACUUGGGCGGGCAAUAAUCAUCGAUUGGACAAUCUCUCGCAACUCUAUGAUGACUCUGUAGCUUUGUCAAACUCUAACGAGGGGCGAACUGCUCUUGGUGGGUUAGAUGCCGUUAUUUCAGCGGUGUUAUGUGGAAAUCUAGAGGUCAUGGAACCAGCGUUUCUGGCGGCAGGAAACUGGAAGGAUGUCCUCUGGUGCCACCUGCGCGCUGCGUUGGUGGUCUGCUUUAACAAAACAUUGAUGAAUGCGCAUCACAACGUUUACCCGUCAUAUGCUGGUUUUAUCGAAAAGGUUACUGGAUCACAUGACUCUUGGCAGGAUGAAACGGCUAGUGGUGUGAUCAAGCAGCUGGCGGACCGGCUGCAGAAAACCUAUAUGUCCUCUGCUUCUCUGGAAGAGCAGCUGCAGAUGCGUGUCAUUCUUCAAUUCCUUUCACCAAGCGGCGUAGAUUGGAUGAACAUCCCAGAGGACCUUUAUAACAAACGUAGUGACGGGGCUCGACUGGUCUCACAUUUGUUGUUAUGCCUUGACACCGCGUACAACGAGACACUUCAUUUCUAUUCAGUUCAGGUAUAUUCUAACACUCUUGCCGUCACUCUCGUGCAGUACGGACAGCAACUUGCCCAGAUACCGCUUUACUCCACACAGGAUGCUAUGCAAGCGGUUAUUGCAAUGAAUUUGCACUUGCGUGAUGUGAGGCAACGGGCAGCGGUGUAUGCCGCAUUUUUGGUAGCAUGUCGUCGUAGAGAACUAGAAUUUUCGAGUCGGCAGGAGGUAGAGGCCAAUGAAGCAAAACUUGUACAGUUGUUCUGUAAGGCGGAUCCUGCCAGUGCACUGCGUGACGAAGUCAUGUGCUUGUUGAACCAAAAGACGGAGCCCGCGUCGUUUUUGACGCAUAACCCAGUGGCGGAGGCGGUAAUGUGGCGGGCGAUGCACGCAAGCUCGCAGGAAGAGUUUAUGGCUGCACUUCGAGAGGCACUUGAGGCGUGUGUCACCUUUUGGUUGGCCGAACCACACGCCGAGCUAGACGCCAUUGCAGAUGUUUCUGCCAUCUUGCAGCACACCAUCCUCCCUAACUUGCAAGAGAAGACUGAGACACCGAGUCAUACGGAGUUGGUUGAGGCACAAUUUUGGAUAACGUUUGCACAGGUUCGAUUAACAGCAGAUGAUCACGCGCGCAGCACUGCUCAACUUGACGUUGCACUUGGUGGCAGGGAGCGGACGCUUGUCUUUCAAUUGGCUCAGGAUGAGGCUGCGCUGAUGCGAGAGUUACAUGGGUUAACGCGACGCGCGCUUUCACAGGGAGGGGCCUUGGUGCGUCGAUCUCGCUCCUGCGUUACUGCCAUUACGUGGAUUGUACAGGUGUUUGCGGAGGAGGUGGCGCUCUCUGUGCGCCUCACCACCCCAGGCAGUAGUGUAAUUAUGGAGCAUCUGAGCAACGUUUUUGCCCUCGUGGAGGAGAUGGAUGGGCUGGGCUACAUUGACCCCAACCUCAUGCCGCGGCAGAGCGCAAAGGAGUUGUUUGAUGCCGUGCGGGUGGUGCGCGUGGCUUGCGGUCAGAAGUCACACGACCUUCUUGUAAACGAGGCAAAAAAAGUGGCCGCGGCGAGGCAGGUGCCUCUUAGUGAUUGGAGGGGUUCAUUGGAGAGGGCAGAAGAAGGCGCGUGA